UGGGCCCUAUUUUGUGGGACAUCGGAUGAGGUGUAGGUGCGAGUGUGACUUAAUAGGCGUAAUUCAUCUCGCUGCGGGCACGCUAGCAAUAACAAUAAGCAAUGCGGCGGCGCCCGUUGGCUUUUCGCGUCCAUCUCGGCGCACGUCUUGACGCGUGACCACGUCGCCCGGUUGUCACGAUGCAGUGGGACACGUUGGCACCUCGUGUGAACGUGCUGGAGGCAUUCUCGUUCGAACUUAAUGUGGAGCCAAGAGACCGAGAGGCCGGUCUGAUGGUCGCUGCGCGUGAGCGCCGAGCGGGAACGGCUCUGGGCAGCGCCGCGAUUGUGACCGUCACGAGUCCCCGGCAGAGCGGGAGCGACUCGCCACCGAAGAGCGAGGAGGGCGGCCGGGAGAGCGGAGCCGGGGGCGCCCUGGGGACCCCCGAGCGGCGCAAGGGCAGCCUGGCGGACGUGGUGGACUCGCUCAAGCAGAAGAAGCUGGAGGAGCUCACGCGCGGCGACCACCACGAUGCCUCCUGUGUGGAGCAACUUCUGGCCAAGGACUGGAAGGAACGGAUGCUGGGAAUGAGCUCUGGAGAUGUUGCCGCUGAGAUGCAAGGCUCGGCGGAGGGGCUGGCGGAGCGCGAGCACCAGCUCGCCGGGAUGAUCUCCCAGCUGAGCAGCCUGCGCGAGCAGCUCCUGGCCGCCCACGACGAGCAGAAGAAGCUGGCCACCUCGCAGCUCGAGAAGCAGCGGCAGCAGAUGGACCUCGCGAGGCAGCAGCAGGAGCAGAUCGCUCGCCAGCAACAGCAGCUCCUGCAGCAGCAACAGAAGAUCAACGUGCUGCAGCAGCAAAUACAGCAGGUCCAGGGUCACAUGUCUCCCCUCAUGAUCCCCAUCUUCCCACAAGACCAGCGGGCACUGGCAGCCAUGACAGCAGCCCAGCAGGGACUCUUCCUGUCUCCGGGAUUCUCCUACAAACCGGGUGACCCUUUCCACAUGCAGUUUAUCCCGUCAGCCAUGUCUGCCGCAGCCUCCUCGGGACUGAGCCCUCUCCAGCUGCAGUUGUACGCGGCCCAGUUGGCAGCCCUGCAGCUCUCCCCGGGUGCCAAGCUGCACGGGGUGCCGCCGUCAGGCCUGCCCGGCUCUCCGUCUGGGCACCCGCAACUCCACGACAAGCCCAAGGGCAGCCCGCCUCCCAAACCCAAGGAAGACUCAUCUCAGCCCUUAAACCUCUCGGCCAAACCCAAAUCUGGUGAGGGUUCCAGGUCCCCGGACAAUGCAGCAUCCUCCCCACCACUGCACAUGUUCAAGUGCAGCAGCGCCAGCCUCCUACGCAAGCCACCGCCCCUGCCCACCACCCUCAGCUCUCCGCCCAGCCGCACGCUUCCCCUUGAUGUGCUGUCGUCGCUGCACCCCACGUCCUUCCUGGGCGAGCACGAGGGCCUGGGCCGCGGCGGCGCUCACGAGUCGUCGCGCUCCUCCGACGGCAAGCUCUCCCUCGCCGUGGGGAUCAACCACUGCCUCAAUGAGAGGGACAAAGUGAUGCUGUCACCUCUGAUGCACCAGCUAUCUGGGAAGGCGGCAGACGACGGCCCUUUCCGCCACAGCGUCAUCGACCUGACAAGUGCAAACGAAGACAUGGAAGGAAGCAACUCCAUGUCGGAUGCAAGAGUAUUCCGCGAGUCAAGAAGCAGAGGGAGCAAUGAACCUCACAUCAAGCGGCCGAUGAAUGCGUUCAUGGUCUGGGCAAAGGACGAGAGGCGGAAAAUCCUUCAAGCUUUCCCGGACAUGCACAACUCGAACAUAAGCAAGAUACUAGGCUCACGCUGGAAGAGCAUGUCCAACCAGGAGAAGCAGCCAUAUUACGAGGAACAAGCGCGCCUGAGCAAACUGCACCUGGAGAAGUAUCCCGACUACAAGUACAAGCCUCGCCCCAAGCGCACGUGCAUCGUGGACGGGAAGAAGCUCCGCAUAGGCGAGUACAAGGCUCUGAUGCGCAAUCGGCGCCAGGAGAUGAAGCAGUUCUACAAUGUGGGCCCGCAGUCCCAGUUGCCCAUGUCCUCGGCCAGCAUGGUCUACCCUGGCACCUUCGCCAUGGCCAGCUCGGCACCGUCGCCUCAGAUCUCGGAGCGCUCCAGCGGCUCGGGCAGCCCUCAGUCCGGCCUGCCCCCCCCCGUCUUUGCCAACAUGAGCUACGGCCUGGGGGCACCGGCAGUGCAGCCCAAGGAGGAACUCAAUGGGGACGACAGCGAAAUGUAUGAGUAUGAGGAUGAGGAGGCUGUGGAAUACAGCAGUGGGAAUGAGCAGGAGAGCGAGCACCACGCCUAGCACGGGCGAGCGAGCGGGCAGGCGGGCGGGUGUGGGCGCAUGCCCACGCGGGGCACCGAGAACAAGCGGCAGCCAGUCGUGUACGCUUCAAACUCCAGACCCAGCCAGACGACGAUGAACAAUUUAACGCAAUUUUGAACCCCCUUCGUGUACACAGAGAUUAAAACCCAGCCUUUACAAGCAGGAUCAUGGGCCAAAAGCCUGCGGUAACCAGCCAAAUUAUUUUCUACAAAUUAUUAUUUCUUAAAUGAUGCCCUCCUAUUAAGUUGUGAUUUAAAAAGACAAGAGAUGUGCUGGACAGAAUGUGCACCAAAGCGUUAUGACUCGAUGCUCAAAAUAUACUUCUGCACAGAAAUACAUAUCUAGUGAAUACAGACUUUGACUGCAUUAGAAGGAACAUAUCGUAAUGCCAUGACACAAUAAAGUGAUGCAGUGUACGCAUUUUAUUUUGUCAAUUCAAAACCUGAUGUGAUUAAAAAUAAGCUUUCAUAAUGAGUGUAUCCCAGGUCUUGCAUGAAAAUAGUGCAAGAAAUAAAGCGACAGCAUGAAUACUUUUUUUUCGAUUUAAAGCUUUCGUGACUGCAGGGAUUCAUCUUCUUGGUUCUUUCGGUAAAGUCACGUAGAAGGGAAAAUAAUAAAAUAAUAAAAAUAAAACAUAAUAAAAUAAUUCUCACGACGUUUCUGCCACAACGCAAGCAGCCAUCCUCAGUUGAAGACCAAGAAGCAUUAAUACUGUACAACAAACGAAAGUAUGACCAUAUUAAAUAACUCAUCGUUUACUGAGCUGAAUAUAGUUCACAUUUUCAUACAUUUUAAACAAGUCAUAUAGGAGCUUACAGAAAAUAGUGUUGUUAUUGUUUUCCAUUUCUUUCCCAUAGAUUUGCCCAAAGCCUUGAUUGGGCACGCUGUGGCCCUGUCUGCCAGUUAGCUCAGCAAACUAUCUGCCACGUUCCGUAUGUCAUGUCCAUGCGGUGGUUGAGAUGUAAACGCAUGGAGCGCCGCUGUAAAACCUCUUCGUUCUGCAACAGCCCAUGUUCACUGCAGUUUAUCCUCGGCGUAAACAUCACAGCGUAGCAAUGGAACCCGUUCUGAAUAGUCUCGGUACACACGUGUGAUGGUCUGUGCCAGUAUGGAGUACCGUCGAAUUGUACGACCCAAGACGUACAUUCAUAUACUAGUACACAAGAAGUAGUCAUAUCAUAUUCCGACUGGUAUGCACAAACUCAAACUCUUAUAGUCACUGAACUUCUAGAAUACAAUAUUAGAUUAUUAUAUGCCCUUUUACUUAUACUUAAGUCUAACAUGGAGUGAUCCAGUUGGUUAAUUCCAGUGUUAAUGUCCACUGAUAUCCAGAAAGCAAAUCCUAAUCACUGCAAAGUAAGAAACGUUUUGGAGUGUGGUGAGUUGAUGUUCUCAGCACCGAAUCUCCAUGUACUGUACACACAUAGAUAUAUCUGAUAUUUGGUAUUUCGCUUAAUUUUGCCUUGCCCAGCUCUUGACCAGACAGAAAAACACCCCAACAACAGCCAUGCCAAGGCAUGCUAUUUGGUGUCUGGAACAGGCAGACCGAUUGAGAGACAAGCACUAUUGUGAAAUGCACUGUCGAAGGUAAUUAAGGACAAAGACGUCUCGUCUCUCAAUAGUGAGACGAGACCGAAAGGCUCGCCUGUUACCUUCCAGCGACGCAGCGCACUUGAGAUAUUUCGACAUAAUCGCACGUUCUUUCAAUGUCUUAAUUAUUAUCAUUCUCUGGGCAAAGACGUAACUGUUGCCAAAAGGGAGUUCACAACGGUGUUCGUCAUUUUAUCAGGAAUCCGAGUAGUUCAUUCUGGAUAAAAUUACUGGCGAAACGUCGUACUCAGAUUGUAAAUUCUGAGGCUUGGCUCUCCAAACACACCGGUGUGCUGUACUAGCGACGAAUUGGCCACGUUCUGUUUACGUGACAACCCUUAGUAGUUGGCUGUGUUGGGUGGUGGCGGGUUUUAACGACACAUUAACCAAAAGAAACCUUCUUAUGGAUGAUAUAAGCGACGUAUAACAUUUGGAUUAUGCAAGGUGUUUUUGUUUCUUUAUGAAGACUUUCACCAACAUUAUUGGAGGCAGUAAAAAUAUGUUGUACUCUUGUACAGAUUCACACUCACCGUCCGUGAUAUGCCAAGCUGGUGUAGUAAUAUCAUUUGCUAUGUUACAGUGUUAUUCCACAAAAGAAGUAACUUUAAAUUACACACAUACACCCUGGACACACUUACAAAUGAGAUCUUCCAUCUGAAGGGAUUUUCCAGGUGAAAAUAUUUGAAUAAAUAAUUAAAAUAGCCACACACAAACAAUGCUGAGAUCGAAACAGGGACUAAACAAAUAACUACACGCCUCGUGUAUCCAUAGUGUAACGAAACUCACUAUAUAAUGUUAAUGUGUUUCUGGAUAUUGUUUUAAAUUAUAUCAACUAAAACAAAUCUAAAAGACAAAUGGAAGGUUAUGUUCCUCCUAUAAUUUUACAAUUCAAGGUGGCAUCUCGGCGUCAGUAAUGGUUUGGGUUCGCCUGUCCAGUGCAUCGUCUGUCGAGAUAGUUUGGCUGAGUGUACAGGCUAAGGCUUCGUCAAUGUGUUCGGCUUGAUUGUAUUUAAAGAUAUAACUUUUAUCUUUGUAAAGUAUAAAAAUGCAACUUUAGCGAAUAUAUUUCCCAUCUUUGCUCUGGUGCGGUGAGAGUUAUAGAGGAACCAAGUGGAGGUAAAUUUUGCCCUCCGGAUAUCGUACACUGUCACUCAAUUUGUCACCGCUUGGCGGGACGUCUUUUCUGGUGCACGCCUUCAAAAAGGGAACAGGUGCACUAAGAUGUCAAGAGUCGGUGCCAGCCUGCAGCAACGUGUAACACAGUGUUAAUGCCGUUGGCUUAUGUGUUUAGCUAGAAAUCUUGCUGCUUUUGCUCCAUUUUAUUGGCAACAAAUGUGUAACGGAAAAUGUUGGCAAAAGAGCAAAGAAAUAUAUAUAAUGAUUUUAAGUGCCAAAUAACCCCCACUUUAAUGCUGCUCUUCAUACCCAGCAGCAUCAACAGCAGCUUCCAAGACUGACGAGUCACCACCUAGCGCACGUGGACUGGCUGGAGUGUCGCGCGGAGGGACCAGAGCCCUCCCCACUGUUAGUCACGUACACACACAGGAGGUCGUGGUGUGUUGGUCACACACACACACACACAGGAGGUCACACACACAGGAGGUCGUGGUGUGUUGGUCACACACACACAGGAGGUCGUGGUAUGUUGGUCAUACACACACACACACAGGAGGUAACACACACACACAGGAGGUCGUGGUCUGUCUGCUCGAUGAAAAUAUAGAACUGAGUUUUUUUCUUGUCUAGCACUUCAAAGCAGUUUUUUUUAUUUUUGGUUUUUAUUUUUAUUUAUUUUGAAAUAAAUCAUAAAAUAGGUACUUGCUUUUAAAGCUGCAUAGGUACAGAAUUUCAACAAACAUCUGAUUUUGGAGAUAAAACUAACAUUUUACAGUUAUAUUGAGCACAAUGAAAAGUUGUUUACAUUUUAUCCUCUAAGCGAAAUAAAGUAGAAAGUGCUAUAUACAUAUUGGGAGUGUGAAUGUGACCGAUAUUUGCAGUGUAUAUCGCUUAAAAUAGUCCCAACUUUAUUCUUGUUAAAGCAUAUAGCUUUUUUUUAAGACUUCAUCCGGACUCUGUGAAAAACCAUGAACUCGCCAUCCCGGCCAUCGCCCAUUCGUCAACAAAAUCGCAGCACUCGGUGGAUUCACUGUUGUGAUGAAUCCGAGCAAUGUGUAACAACAUUGUAGGAGACGUUACAUCCCUCGAAAACUGCCGUUGGCAAAGUUGUGUGUCAACGAUGCUCUGUCGUUUGGUGAUGAGAUCGCUUGAGGGUUGACAAUGGAAUGAAAACGAGACACGUUAAGGAAGUCUACUAUUGUAUCUUAGACACAAUGAACGGAGUUUCUCUUGCGUUGGCAUACCUCUGUUUUUAUACAUGUCAAAGCGCACGUUCAACACACUCCAGUGUCAAUUACUGCUACUCUUAAUAAAAAUAAUAAUUUAAAUGUCUUUAAUAUUUCAAUUGUUAUCUUGGCUUUGGCAGAUUGGUACGGUUUUGUAAUUGUUAGAGACUUGAAAAGGCUGUCAUGUUAGUGAUGUAUGUGAGGCACAACAUGGCUUAAAAGGAGAGCGCAGGUCUUUCUUAAUUGACACAGGCCUCUGUGUUGUGGGGCCUCCCUGCUUAGGACUCAGGUACAUGAAUGCCCAUCAGCUGGCUCAUGGAGUGUGCUUAGUGUAUCUAACCUAUUCUAAUGCCGACGUCAGUUCAACGCAUACGUUCGACUCCCAUUACGCAUAGAACAACCGACAAGUAUCGUAAACAUUUUGUAGAAUGGAAACAAAUGACAAUUAGAAUUUUCCUUCUUGUAUUUUGAAUUUAGAGUGCCAAACAUGUUUUUAUUACUAUUUCAAGACUAAGUCAUAAUGAAUUAGAUUAAUAUCGUCUUAGUACCCCCAAGUUCCUUCCAUUAUAUGCACAGGCUGCUACAUAUUUCAACGUAAUAAAUGACAAACUCAGGUAAAGGUUUUCACAAUUUGUAAUUGAUCAGCAUAGACGAACUUCACUUCCUCGUGGGGUGUUAAACAAGAGACGCUUAGAAAUGAAUAGAAGCACAAACUGCAUGCCUUCUGCCACCAGUAGUCCAGUCGAUGCUAAUAUAAUGGACCGUGCUGCUUUAUAGGUCCUUGCUUAUUGUAUUUAACAGCCUUUUGUUAUUAGGUUUUUCUUACAAAUCCCUAUUUAUUUAUUCAGCUUUGCCCUGUAUCGUACGUCCAAUUUAUGUGUAGAUACUGUAGAUAUUAGUCCAUAUGUUGGCCAUGCCAACACAAAUAGAUUUCCUAGCUGCAUUUCAAAAUAUGAAAAUUUUUCAGUUUGGUUAAGUUGUGUCACAUGGACUGUUAUUUGGAAUGUUGCUCGUUUCGGUUUCUUGCUUUUCAUGUAGCUAUCCGCCGUCGUGCAACCACAGUCAAAACUGGUGUGUUGAGAGAGCACUGUUUUAAUGAAAAAUGCUUAAAUCAAUAGUGUAAACUGUUCACAAAACAUAUGCGAUGUGUGUGAAUACUGUUCAUAUUGCUUGUGGGACUUGCUCACAGCUGCUGUGUAAGAGUGUUAAAAUGUUCGUGUUAUUUAUGCAACUUUGUCUCUGCAGAGUUUUUUAGCUCCAUAGUUCCCCGUGAUUAAAAGGAAUUGGACAAAAGCACAAUGCCUACUGUCAUCAUAUUUAUUCACAUCCCGCUAUGAGGCAUUCCACGGGCGAUAUGAACAAUAAUUUUGACUUGUAAUAUGUAAAAAAAAGACCGUUUUAAAAAGUAACUUUUAUUUUAAAAAAAACAUGAAAAAAGACAAUCAUAUCUCAGUGUUUAUUGACUUGGAGCUAAAAAAGAUGAAAAUAAAAGUUGACGAUAACCAUCUGUAUGUGUAACAUAGGGGAAAAUAGAGUUUUAUUUUUGUUUGUAACAGUGUAAUAUAAGUUAUGUAUUUACCAUGUUCGUUUUUACUUUUCUAACGUAAUGCUUUAUUUUAAGUGGACCUUCAGUAUUACGUCCAGAGUAAAAGUUUGGUGCGGUCAUUGUUGAUCAAAAAUAAAAAAUAAAUUCGCAUUGCAAUGCAGAUAAUAGAGUAUUUGCUAUUGUUUUGCAAACCAAUCUAGUGCCACUUAAAAUGAAGUAUUAUCACUCUCAUGCUGGGCUGUGCUUGGUACUAGCUGCCUAUUGGUAGACACAGUACAGUUCGUGUGAUGUCCUUGGUGCGUACGGUCUGAAAACUGAUUCGACAUGACAGACACUAAUAAAUGUUUCUUCAGCCAUCA